AUGUUUGGGGGCUCAGAGAGUGAUGAAUGUGCAACAGCUAAUGGGAGGGUUUAUAUUCCUGAAGUAAGAAAUGAGGAAACACCAGCAGUUGGGAUGAAGUUUGACUCGCUUGACCUCGUUUACAAUUUCUAUAAUAGAUAUGCAUUCUUGGCUAGCUUUGGUAUUCGACUUCAUUCUAGCUUUUGGGGGGAAAAUAAGAAAGAUAUUUUGAGGAAAGAAUUUGUAUGUUGCAAACAAGGUGCAUACAGGAAGGAUGAAACUCGGGAGAGAAAAAGACAACGGGGAAUAAGUAGAUGCAAUUGCAAAGCAAAGAUUGUGGUUGUGAAGACAAAUGGGAGCAAGAAUAUGAAUGGGAAGCUGAGGAACCACGAUGUUGAACUAGUGACCGAGUAUUUUAUGGCUGAACAGAAAAAAAAUGAGGCUUUUUAUUUCAAGAUUGAGGGAGAUGGGCAUGACAGGUUUAGUCAAUGUUUUUGGGCAGAUGCAACUUCUAGACGGGCGUAUGGGUUUUAUGGAGAUGUUGUUGUAUUCGAUACCACAUUCAACACGAAUCGAUACGACUUGACAUUUGCACCAAUGUUGGGAGUUAAUAACCAUGGUCAGACAAUUGUCUUAGCAUGCGCAUUUUUGAGCAAGGAAACGACUGAGUCAUUUGUUUGGAUGUUUGAGGAGUUUAAGAAAGCCAUGCCAGGUGGGGAACCUAAAACGAUCAUUACAGAUCAAGAUGCGGCAAUGGCCAUAGCGAUUUCAAUAGCCUUCCUGAGUACAUUUCAUCGACUUUGCAUAUGGCACAUCACAUCAAAGUUCUCUGUUAAGUUACCACGUGACGCUUAUAAGGAGUAUUGGCCUGAAUUUCAGAAAGCCAUAUGGGAUACUGACAAUAAGGAUGAGUUUGAUGCAAAAUGGAAUAUUGUGGUUACAAAGGCUGGUUUGACUGACCAUCCAUGGCUAAGUUCAAUGUUUGAUUUAAGGGAAUCUUGGGUUCCAGCCUACGCAGGACAAUUUUUUGCCGCUGGAAUGUCAAGCAGCCAAAGAGCGGAAGAGCUCAAAACAGAGGAUGCUUGUAAAGUUGUGUUCAACGUGAGCGAAAGGAAAAAUUGGGAAACAAGAGUGGCACAAGUCGUAUAUGUCAAAGAUUCUGACCACGCAUCGUGUAGCUGCAAAAGAUUUGAAUUUGUUGGAAUUAUUUGCAAGCACAUCCUAGCAUUGUUCAGAAGGGACCAGAUUGAAUAUAUGCCCGAUAAAUAUAUUUUGAAGAUGUGGAAGAAAACUGCGAAAUCUGGAUUGGUGUCAGAUGCAAAUGGCAACGAAAUUAAAGACUGUGCAGAUCCUGGCCUUCUAAUAAAGCGGAGUACAAUGUCUCGACUUGCUUCAGAUGUGGUUGAGGAUGCAUUAAUGAGUGAAGAAGGAUGUGAGCUACUGUCAGAGACUCUAAAAAGUUUGCAGGUGAAGUUGAAGUUGCUGAAGGAUGGACCAAGUAAUAACGAAGUUGGAGGGUCCAGCUCUCAAACACAAUAUAUGAAAAAGACCCUAAGAGAGUGA